AUGUUUAUAGAAUUAGGCAAAGAAAACCUCAAUCACACCUCAGUCCGGAGUCCCCACUGGCUCUAUACCCAUCGCCCCAGCCUGAAGGGCGGUGUGGUGACCUAUAGUGUGGAAAAGAGAUACUCUGCUCCCUCUCCACCACCUUCUCUUUCCUCCGCCUCGGGCUACUGCCUCAGGCUUCCUCAGAGUCCAGGGAGGGGGAAAGAAGAUUUAAGGAAAAGGAACAAGUGCAUAUUUUGUGGCAUGUGCUACUGCAAUGAGGCAGACAAUGGCCUUAGUGUAAAAGAAAGUCACAGGGUAUCAGAAGCAAAAGUGAGGGCACUGAUUGGAAAGGAAUGGGAUCCCAUAAACUGGGAUGGAGAUGUGUGGGAGGAUCCUGAGGAAGCUGAGGAUGUUGAGUUCCUAGAUGCUGAUGAGAUUAUUUUGCCAGAGGAAGAGAUCUCCCCACCUGCUCUGGCAGAGGCAUUGCCGCCUCCACCCCCUGAGCUGUUGGCAUCUCCUAGUAUGCCUGGGGAGACUAAUCCUGUGCUGAUGACACAAAAUGAUGCUGACACUCCUCAGGACCCACCCUCACCACCUAUUUUUGCCUCUAGGCCUAUAACCAGGCUCAAGUCACAGAAGGCUCCUAAGGGUGAGGUACAUACUGUAACCCAAGAGGAGGUCCACUAUUCUCCCAAAGAACUCCUUGAGUUUUCUAACUCUUACAAGCAAAGGCCCAAUGAGCAAGUGUGGGAAUGGAUUUUACGAGUGUGGGAUAAUGGUGGAAAAAAUAUACACCUGGAUCAGGCUGAAUUUGUUGAUAUGGGCCCAUUAAGCAGAGAUUCUGAAUUUAAUGUUGCAGCUCAUGGAGUAAAGAAAGGUGUUAAUAGUUUAUUUGGCUGGGGUGACCAGGUCCCCUUGGGGAAGAAUCCUGAUAUGUUGAAAAUUUGUACAGUCAGUCUUUCUCCCACUCUUCUCCAGAGGGACCUGAGGCCUUUUGCCCGAGUGACUGUACACUGGGGAAAGGGCAAUGCUCAGACAUUUCGAGGACUCCUGGACACUGGCUCUGAACUAACACUGAUUCCAGGGGAUCCAAAAUGUCACUGUGGCCCUCCAGUACGAGUGGGGGCCUAUGGAGGUCAGGUGAUUAAUGGAGUUUUAGCAAAGGUCUGACGCACAGUGAGUCCGAUAGGUCCUCGAAUCCAUCCAGUAGUUAUUUCCCCUGUUCCAGAAUGCAUAAUUGGUAUAGACUUGCUUAGUACUUGGCAGAAUCCUCAUAUUGGUUCUCUGACCUGCAGUGUGAGGGCUAUUAUGGUUGGGAAGGCCAAAUGGAAGCCUUUAGAGCUACCUUUGCCUGGUAAAAUAGUAAACCAAAAGCAGUAUCGCAUUCCUGGAGGGAUUCCAGAGAUUAGUGCCACCAUCAAGGAGUUGAAGGAUGCAGGGGUGGUGGUCCCCACCACAUCUCCUUUUAAUUCUCCCAUUUGGCCUGUACAAAAGACGGAUGCUUGGAGAAUAACGGUAGAAUACCGUAAACUGAAUCAAGUGGUGACUCCCAUUGCAGCUGCAGUACCAGAUGUGGUUUCCUUGCUUGAGCUAAUUAACACAUCUCCUGGUACUUGGUAUGCAGCUAUUGACUUAGCAAAUGCCUUCUCCAUACCUAUCCAUAAGGACCAUCAGAAACAAUUUGCCUUCAGUUGGCAAGGCUAGCAAUAUACCUUCACUGUCUUACCUCAGGGGUAUAUUAACUCGCCAGCCCUGUAUCACAACUUAGUUUGUAGGGAUCUUGAUCGUUUUUCUCUCCCACGAGAUAUCACAUUGGUCCAUUACAUUGAUGAUGUUAUGCUGAUUGGGCCUCGUGAGCAGGAAGUCACAGCUACUCUAGAUUUGUUAGUACAGCAUUUGAGAGCCAGGGGAAGGGAAAUAAAUUCAGCAAAAAUUCAAGGUCCUUCUACUUUGGUGAAGUUUCUAGGAGUCCAGUGGUGUGGAGCAUGUAGAGAUAUCCCUUCUAAGGCAAAAGAUAAGUUGUUGUAUCUGGCUUCCCCUACAACCAAAAAAGAGGCACAGUGCCUAGUGGGGCUUUUUGGGUUUUGGAGGCAACACAUUCCUCACUUAGGUGUCUUACUCUGGCCCAUUUACCGAGUGACCCAGAAAGCUGCUAGUUUUGAGUGGGGCCCAGACCAAGAACAGGCUCUGCAGCAGGUCCAGGCUGCCGUGCAGGCUGCUCUGCCCCUGGGGCCAUAUGAUCCAGAUGAUCCAAUGGUACUUGAAGUGGCAGUGGCAGGAAGAGGCGUUUGGAGUCUCUGGCAGGCCCCCAUAGGUGAACUGCAGCAGAGGCCUUUAGGGUUUUGGAGCAAGGCUCUGACGUCAUCUGCAGACAAUUACUCUCCCUUUGAAAAACAGCUCCUGGCCUGUUACUGGGCCCUAGUGGAAACUGAAUGCUUGACCAUGGGACACUAGGUCACCAUGAGACCUGAGUUGCCUAUCAUGGCCUGGGUAUUAUCUGAUCCACCAAGUCAUAAGGUUGGACGUGCACAGCAACAGUCUAUCAUUAAAUGGAAGUGGUAUAUUCGUGAUCGAGCCAGGGCAGGUCCAGAGGGCACCAGUAAAUUGCAUGAGGAAGUUGCCUAGAUGUCUAUGGCUCCUACACCUACUGUACUGCCUUCUGUUUCCCAGCAUGCACCUAUGGCCUUGUGGGGUGUGCCACAUGAUCAGCUGUCAGAGGACGAAAAGACUAGGGCCUGGUUUACGGAUGGCUCUGCACGCUAUACAGGCACCAUCCACAAGUGGACAGCUGCAGCAUUGCAGCCCCUUUCUGGGAUAUCCUUGAAGGACCAUGGUGAAGGGAAAUCAUCACAGUGGGCAGAACUUCAGGCAGUGCACUUGGUAGUACAUUUUGCCUGGUAGGAGAAAUGGCCAGAUGUGUGACUAUGUACUGAUUCAUGAUCCGUAGCUAAUGGUCUGGCUGGAUGGUCAGGAACAUGGAAAGAACAUCACUGGAAAAUUGAUGACAAAGAUAUUUGGAGAAGAGGUAUGUGGGUUGACCUCUCCAUGUGGGCAGAGGAUGUAAAAGUAUUUGUUUCCCACGUAAAUGCUCACCAAAAGGUGACAUCGGCAGAAGGAGACUUUAAUAAUCGAGUAGAUAAGAUGACCUGGUCUGUGGACAGUGGCCAACCUCCUUCAGCUACCCCUGUCAUUGCCCGAUGGACUCAGGAACAGAGCGGCCAUGGUGGCAGGGAUGGAGGUUAUGCAUGGGCUCAGCAAUAUGGACUCCCAUUCACCAAGGCUGAUCUGGCUACAGCCACUGCUGAAUGCCCGACAUGCCAGCAGCAGAGGCCGACACCGAGUCCCCAGUUUGGCACCAUUCCCUGUGGUGAUCAACCUGUGACCUGGUGGCAGGUUGAUUAUAUUGGACCACUUCCAUCAUGGAAGGGACUGUGUUUUGUCCUCACUGGCAUAGACACAUAUCCUGGGUAUGGAUGUGCCUUUGCUGCACGUACUGCUUCUGCCAAAACUACCAUCUGUGGACUUACAGAAUGCCUUAUCCACCGUCAUGGAAUUCCGCAUAGCAUUGCCUCUGACCAAGAAACACAUUUUGUAGCCAAAGAAGUAAAGCAAUGGGCUCAUGCUCAUGGUAUUCACUAUUCUUAUCAUGUUCCUUACCACCCAGAAGCGGCUGGAUUGAUAGAAAGGUGGAAUGGUCUUUUGAAGACACAGUUAAUGCACCUAGGUGGCAGUAGCUUGCAGGGC